AUGAAAGCUGCCAUUGGCACCGUGGUGCUUGUGGCGUCACUGUUUUGUGGCGUCGCAACAGCAUCUUCUUAUGUAGUUGCACCAGUUUGCUCAAAGGUGAGCCAUCUGGUGAAACUCUGGCCUGAUUAUUCUGACAAUCGCUGGUUCUUCCAAUGCACCCAACUAAACGAACGUGCUACCAGGAUGCCAUGUGCUCCUGGAACAUUCUUCAAAUUCGACUACCAGGUAUGCGUAACCGAAGAUCAGUGGGGACCUCAUCCGUACCCACCAGUAGGACCCGGAUUUCCUGAUCCCACUCCAGCGCCUACUUCAAAACCCACCCAAAAACCCACUGAGAAACCCACAGAGGCGCCAACUGAAAAACCCACUGCAGAGCCUACUAUAGCACCAACUGAAGAGCCUACUGAACUUCCAACCCAUAAACCAACUCACCUACCAACACAUAAGCCUACUGAGUUGCCUACUGAAAAUCCUACUCAUAAACCAACUCACCCACCGACACAUAAGCCCACUGAGGCACCGACCGAAAAACCAACUGAUAAACCCACAGCAAGACCUACUGAUGCUCCUACUGAAACUCCAACUCAUGAACCAACCCACAGGCCAACGCAUAAACCAACUCAAAAGCCUACAGAGGCACCUACCGAAAAGCCAACUCAUAAACCCACAGCACAACCCACCGAUGCUCCUACUGAAACUCCAACUCAUGCACCAACCCAUAGGCCAACACACAAGCCGACACAUAAACCUACAGAGGCACCCACUGAAAAACCAACUCAUAAACCUACAGCAGAGCCUACUGAGGUUCCUACUGAAACGCCAACCCAUGAACCAACACACAGGCCAACACAUAAACCUACGGCGGCACCUACUGAAGAACCAACUCAUAAACCAACAGCAAAACCUACUGAGGUUCCUACUGAAACUCCAACCCAUGAACCAACACACAGGCCAACACAUAAACCUACGGCGGCACCUACUGAAGAACCAACUCAUAAACCAACAGCAAAACCUACUGAGGUUCCUACUGAAACUCCAACCCAUGAACCAACACAUAAACCUACGGCAGCGCCUACUGAAGAACCAACUCAUAAACCAACAGCAAAGCCAACCGCAGCCCCUACUGAAAAACCUACCCAUAAACCAACUGAAAGCCCUGAGACUGAGCCACCACCAAAACCCACUGAUAAGCCGACUGAUAAACCUACUGAAGAGCCAACACACAAACCAACUCAUAAACCAACUCACAGACCAACUCACAGACCAACUCACAGGCCAACUCACAGACCAACUCACAGACCAACACAUAGACCAACUCACAGACCUACUAGACCAACACAUAAACCUACCAGGCCAACUCGCCCCACUCACAAACCCACUAAGCCUACCCACCCAACUCACAGACCUACAAGACCGACUCGCCCAACCCAUAGACCAACACGCCCUACUCACAGACCCACCAGGCCAACUCAUUGGCCAUCAAGGCCAACUAAGCCAGGACACCAUUGGCCUCCACACUGGUGGCCUACACACAAACCAGGACACCAUUGGCCUCCACACUGGUGGCCCACACACAAGCCUGGUAGGCCCACUCACAGACCUACUCAUAAGCCAUCGAAGCCAACACAUCCAACUCGGCCCAGCAAACCAACUAAGCCCGGACAUCACUGGCCUCCACACUGGUGGCCGACCCACAAACCAGGACACCACUGGCCUCCUCAUAAACCUGAUCAUGGAUCGGGACACCAUGGAUCGGGUCAUCAUGGAUCGGGACACCAUGGAUCAGGACACCAUGGGGGGGGACAUCAUGGAUCGGGACACCAUGGUUCAGGACACGACGGACCAGGACACCACAGUCCAUUGGAAAAUGAAACUGGACCGCAAUUGUUGGAAAUUCCAAUUAAGAACAUAUUUUAA